GCUUUUGUUGAGAUUGAGAAGACCCCUGUUGUUCCAAUCAAUGCUGAUUACUUGGCUCGUGGAUCCCUGCAAUAUGAGUUUGCAACUGAGAUUCUUCAGACCCCCAUUCAUCUAAUGAAGAUCAGUGAUGCACCAGCCCAGAUUAUCGAGGUCCUAAAGCACCUUGUUGCAAACAAUGUGGACAUGGUCCAUGAAGACGCUCCACUUAAGUUUGUUCAGCUCAUCCAGCUUCUGCGUGUUUCCACCCUGGAGAAC